AUGGAGCCGAACCCAAGCUCGACCGGGGCAGACCCGCUCUGUGCCCCAUCUUUGUCCCCUCCUGCCCCAACUACCGUCGUCGAGGAAGGCGCCUCGAGUUCAGUGAACGGCAACCUGCUCGACUCUGCCGCUAUCUCUGUUUGUUCCUCGUCCUCGAAUCUCGAUUCGAACCCUUCAGCUCCUGCAGCAACUGCAGCGGCAGCAUCUGAGGGAGCCAGCGACACCAGAGCCGACACUGAGGCUUGGCCCCAGUCUGGCAUCCCUUCGCAGCCUUCGCAGCCAUCCCAGAGCGACGGCGAUACGACCGAACCGUGUCCCUACCAAGCUCGUGCAGAGCAAGCCGACUGCAAAGCAAAGCGAGAGUCGUUCUGCUCGGACCGUCCUGAGUGUACCAUCGACCUCAAUCCCGACGACCAGGACACGCCCCGCUUGGACGCCGUCGCAAUCACUCUUCACAGCGCUCGUUCGUCUGUCUCCGAGCCGGUCCCUGCGAGUAACCGUGUAAGCAUCUGCUCCGUGUGCAGCUUGGGUGCUCGAUCUGUUCCGAGUUCUUCAGCUGUCGCGUCCAUGGCGACGAACAAUGGUUCCGGCGCGACCGAGCCGGUCGAGAGUGCUCAGCAGCAGCCGUCGGCUUCGCAGCAGUCGUCUGCUCAGUCGACAACGACCCAACCGUCUCAACAAUCACCACAGCAGUCCCAAGCACAGUCUCCCCAGCUGCAGGCCCCGCAGCCUCAGGCCAUCUCCCGGCCGCCGCCGAACCGCUCACGUAGUAGGGCGCAGCGUCGGUUCAGCAGCAGCACGGCGGGUGGCAGCAGCCAUAGCACGAGUGCCGACCGCUCAGGUGGCGUUAUCUACCGUGCCGAGAAGGAAGAAAAGAAGCCGGCUCCCUUUGGUGUCAUUGGCGUCUGCGCCCUCGAUGUCAAGGCCAGGAGCAAGCCUAGUAGGAAUAUUCUGAACCGGCUGAUUCAGAAUGGCGAGUUUGACGUGUGCGUGUUUGGAGACAAGGUCAUUUUGGAUGAAGAAAUCGAGAAUUGGCCCAUCUGUGACUACCUUAUCUGCUUCUACUCAGAUGGCUUCCCUCUAGAGAAGGCCAUUGCCUAUGUCAAGGCGCGCAAGCCCUUUUGUGUCAACGAUGUACCUAUGCAAAGGAUUCUUUGGGACCGUCGGUUGUGUCUGCGCAUGCUCGAUCGCAUCGGUGUGCCGACCCCCCAGCGUGUGGAAGUCAAUCGCGAUGGCGGUCCGAGGAUCUUGACGCCUGACCUGUGCAAACUGAUUCGGGACGUCAGCGGUAUUGUCUUCGAACCCGUCGACCCCGAUGUGGAAAAGGCCAAGGCGGCUAUGUCGCCGAAGAAGGUUGAGCUGCUUGACGACGGUGACACUCUGUCGGUCGACGGCAAGCUGAUUCGCAAGCCGUUCGUUGAGAAGCCCACCAGCGGCGAGGAUCACAACAUUAUCAUCUACUUCCCACGCUCAGCCGGCGGCGGCGCUCGCAAGCUGUUCCGCAAGAUCGGCAACAAGAGUAGCGAGUUUGUUGAAGGUUUGACCAUCCCUCGCUGCAUCACCCAGCCCGAGAGCAGCUUCAUCUACGAGCGCUUCAUGCAAGCCAAGGACUCAGAGGACGUCAAAGCCUACACAGUCGGCCCCACGUACUGCCACGCCGAGACCCGCAAGUCCCCCGUGGUCGACGGCAUUGUGCGCCGCAAUACCCAUGGCAAGGAGGUCCGCUACGUGGCCCACCUAAAUGCCGAAGAGAAGGAAAUUGCCAGCAAGAUCAGCCUUGCGUUCGGCCAGCGCGUUUGCGGCUUUGACCUGCUUCGCACCGAGGAUAAGAGCUACGUCAUCGAUGUCAACGGCUGGAGUUUUGUCAAGGACAACGACGACUACUACGACCGCUGUGCCGCCAUCUUGCGCGACCUGUUUAUCAAGGAGAAGUCGCGCAGAGAGGGCCGCACUCCCGUUACUUCACCAGCCAUGCAGUCUGAGGCCGACUCGUUUACCCGUGGUAAAGAUAGCGCGCAGAAUAGGUUGAGCGUGGAUAGGUCCAUCCGCGAGUCCAUCAGCGAGUCGAUUACCAGGCCCGAGGUCAAGUUUGGGAGCGUGCCGCCGAGUCCACUUACUAGUCAGUUCUCGACGUCCGUGUCUGACCAGACCCAGUCGACGGCCCCAUCAACAACCAUCUCAGCUGCGACCUCAGUUAUCCACGAGCAGGCGAUCGAAGAGGAGGAGGAGGAGGAGCAGGAGCCUCCGCCGCCGCCCCCUCCUAAGCCCAGCUGGAAGCUCAAGGGUGUUGUGUCGGUUAUUCGCCACGCCGAUCGCACGCCCAAGCAAAAGUAUAAGUUUACGUUCCACACCGAGCCCUUCAUCGAGCUGCUCAAGGGUCACCAAGAGGAAGUGCUCCUUAUCGGGGAGCCUGCCCUGGCCAGUGUGCUAGACGCCGUCGAAGUUGCCCUCAAGGCCGGCAUCGAAGACCGCGAGAAGCUGCUUACCCUGCGUAAUGUCCUCAUCAAGAAGGGUAGCUGGCCUGGUACCAAGGUCCAAAUCAAGCCCAUGUUCCGGAAGAAGCCCGACGCGAAGGACGAGUCCAAGCAAGGCAAGGAUGACGACUCCAAGGACAAGUCGUCGGCAGUAGUCGAGGAGAGCGAUGCCGGUGCUGCCGAUAAGGAUGGCAAGGACGGCGAAAAGAAGAGCCGCAAGUCCGGUAAGCGCUCUGACUCGUUCUCUGGUGUCACCAUGUCCAAAUUUACGGCAGCCGAAGAGAGCCUCGUGCUCGAUAAGCUGCAGCUCAUCGUCAAAUGGGGUGGCGAGCCGACACACUCGGCGCGCUAUCAGAGUCAGGAGCUAGGCGAGAGCAUGCGCAGCGACUUCGGCUUGAUGAACCGUGAGGUCCUUGACGAGGUUCAUGUCUUCAGCAGCAGCGAGCGCCGCGUUCUUACCAGUGCUCAAAUCUGGGCCGCCAGCUUUCUUAAGAAGAAGGAUCUGCCGGAGGAUUUCAUUACCAUUCGUAAGGACUUGCUGGAUGAUUCGAACGCAGCCAAGGAUGAGAUGGACAAGGUCAAGAAGAAGCUGAAAGGCCUGCUGCGCAAGGGCAACGAGCGCCCGCCGCAGUUUGCUUGGCCCGAGAACUUCCCCGAGCCGUCGGAAGUGCAGACUCGCGUCGUGCAGUUGAUGAACUUCCACCGCAAGGUGAUGCAGUAUAACUACAAUAAGCUGUAUAGCGGGCAGGUUGGCAACAACAAGGACUCGGCAUCGUCGUCCGGCUCCUCUGAGAAGGGCCUCAACGAGGCGGGCGGAUCUAGUGUGUCGCUCAGCUCGAUGGCCUCGGCGUCGCUGAACGCGGCCAACAGUAUCCAGGCUCGAUGGUGCUGCGGCGAGGAUGCCGAGCUUUUCCGCGAGCGUUGGGAGAAGCUGUUUGCCGAGUUUUGCGAUGGCGAGAAGGUCGAUCCUAGCAAGAUCUCGGAGCUCUACGACACCAUGAAGUUUGACGCCUUGCACAACCGCCAGUUCCUGGAGUGGGUCUUCACGCCGCCCAAGCACAUGCUCGAAGAGGAGUACGGAAUCUCGUUAAAUGGCAAGGACAGCAAGUCGUCGUCGGCCCCGUCUCUCGAGAAGGUGCCCGAAGACAGCGAGCGGCAGGAGACGCAGAGCACGGCCAGCAGCAUCGCUGAGAAGAUUAGCGAUUCGGGCUCCAAGGCGGUCAAGCGCCUGUUCCAUCGGCGCUCGUUCCUCAACGGCCUACGCUCCGCCAACACCGAGGCUGAGCCCCCUGAAAAGUACUUCCACCUACACCGCGGCGGCGGCCAGACCAAGGCGAAGACCGACGCGCGUUUCGAGCCGCUGCGAGAGCUGUACCAGCUUGCCAAGGUGCUCUUUGACUUUAUCUGCCCGCAGGAAUAUGGUAUCUCGGAUCGCGAGAAGCUCGAAAUUGGUCUCCUUACCUCUUUGCCCCUGCUUAAAGAAAUCGUCCAAGACCUCGAGGACAUGCAGGCCUCGGAAGAGGCCAAGUCUUUCAUCUACUUUACAAAAGAGUCACACAUUUACACGCUGCUCAACUGCAUUUUGGAGGGCGGUCUUGAGACCAAGAUCAAGCGCGCCACUAUCCCUGAAUUGGAUUACCUCUCGCAGAUCUCGUUCGAGCUGUACGAGAUGCCGGCCAACCCACCCGUUGACGCCGAGGGCAACCCUGCGUUCAACUAUUCCAUCAAAAUCACCAUCAGCCCCGGUUGCCAUGUCUUCGACCCGCUCGACGUGCAGCUCGACAGCAGGCACUGCAUCGGCUGCGCGCCGCGCAGGAGCCUAACUGCCCAUGCGGACUGGAAGGUGGUUAUCGAGACGUUGAGGGCCAAGUUCCAUCAGGUCAAACUUCCUAAGACCUUCUUGGCCGUCAACCUCUCGGACGCCUUCACCUUCCAGGAGAAGCAGCACCACGACGACAACAACGGCGAGCAAGGCGAGGAGGGUAAACAAGAGGGGGAGCAGGAGGCCCCGAGGGAUGCCGCUGGCGCUGCUCCCCAGGCGCCGGCCACCCAACCCACUGAGGCCACUGCUGCCAUUGCUGACGACCCUGGCGCGGAUCCGCAGAAGAUUGAGGCCGCUGACGCUGUUCCUGCCCUCACUGAGCCAGCUGGUCCUGCUGAGUCCCAAGCUCAUGAUCAGGAGUCAAAGGAUCAAGAAAAGCAACAACCGGCCCAGGAUGCCUCCACGACCGCUUGA